AUGUGCUGUGCGUCGAACAAAGUCCGAUUGACUCGGUUCCGAAAUUUUCCAACGGUACUACGAUCACUCUACCUUGGUCAAGAUAACGAUUCCAAGCAUUUCCGACAGUACAUUAGAAACUACAACAACUCAUUGGCGAUGGCUUCGAUGACGGCUAAGAUCGAGACGCCUCGCGGUUACGGUCCGUAUUGUCUCCGCGUUCAUGGCCAAGUCUACCAUUCGUUUGGAGGUCUCUAUCCCCGCGAAGCUGAAGCGCCCAAGUGUGCUCAAGUCUUAAUUAUGGACACUGAAGUGGCAGCCCACGAACUUGCGGGUCGACAAGUCAACACGGGCUGCCGAGAGACAAUCUUUCGUCUUCUACAUGAACUCUUGAGGAGCACAAAUCCAUAUGCUCAAGCAUUCAGGCUAAUGGCCGAUGUCGUUCGCGAUGAAACGCACGAAGCAGAGCUCCAGGGUCGUCAUACGAGAUCGGUUAGAAUGGUGUUCGAACACAGGACGGUCGACGAUCAACGUCGCUACAAUGCUGCGACAGCCAAUGAAGUCUCCGUCGUCUACGUGGGAGACGAAGACAAUAUUCCAGGAGAGUGUCGUUUAGUAGUGUAUGAAAAGACCGGCAGUCUUCGUAGUAUUCCUCAUCUCGAUGAGCGUUGUGAUCCUCUCGCGUAUCCGCUUUUGUUUCCAACUGGGGAAGGUGGUUGGCAUCCCGGGAUGCAGCGAGAAACAUCGAAUAUGGAUCUACAUUCAGAUGGCGUUCCGACCGCGAGAUCUCGAAUCACCCAAAAAGACUUCUACUCAUUCCUGCUGUUAAGUCGGACCUCUGUCUUCAAUCCUUUGCAUCACGCGGGCAAACUCCUGCAGCAAUACAUCGUUGACAGUUGGAUUAAGAUCGAGAUGAAUCGCCUGAACUAUAUCCGCCUCAAUCAACGCCAACUAAGGCUUGACACCGUUCGCGGUUUGCAGGACUUCAUGCUCGGUGAUACCGAUAGUGAUGGACCACCGGGCCGGAGGAUCAUUUUAGCGGCUUCCUUUACUGGAGGACCCCGAUACAUGGUAGCGCAGUACCAAGAUGCCAUGAGUAUCGUGUCGAAAUACGGAAAACCCGAUCUGUUCCUUACCUUCACUUGCAACCCGACCUGGCCAGAAAUCGUCGACAACCUCGCACCCGGUCAAGUAGCCUCUGAUCGACCGGAUUUAAUAGCGCGGGUCUUCCAGCUCAAAGUCAAAGCAUUUUGCAAUGAAGUCAUCAAGAACCAAGUAUUAGGCGAGGUCGCCGCAUACAUUUAUGUGAUCGAGUUCCAGAAGCGGGGCUUACCCCACAUGCACAUGUUGCUGACCCUCACCGCUGAUUCAAAACUCAGAACCCCUGCAGAAGUUUAUAGCUUGAUCAGCGCAGAGAUCCCCGAUCCAUCCAACGAAGCCGCGUUAUACGAAAUCAUUUCCAAGUGUAUGAUCCACGGUCCGUGUGGGAAGCUGAAUCCUUCUUCGCCAUGUAUGGUUGACGGGAAAUGCUCGAAACGCUUCCCCAAAGCUUUCAAUAACGACACAUCGCUCUCUACAGAAGGUUAUCCAGAGUACAGACGCCGUGAGGAUGGCCGUUCGAUAUGGCGCAACAAACAUCGAGUAGAUAACCGCUCAGUCGUUCCUUAUUGCCCUUAUUUAUCGUUAAUGUUUGGAGCACAUAUCAACGUCGAGGUAUGUGCUCUUCUCCACGCCAUCAAAUAUCUCUUCAAGUACCUCUAUAAGGGACCGGAUCGCGCAAGACUCCGGUUGCAUCAAGGAGAACCAUCUGAGGACGAAGCCUUAGAUGAGAUCACCGAUUACUGGGAUGCACGGUACGUUUGCGCCCCAGAGGCAGCUCAUCGAAUCUUCGGCUUCGCCCUGAGCGAUCGCAGUGAUGCCGUCACUAGAUUGCAAGUUCAUCUGCCGGGGUUCGAGACUGUGCGCUUCGAAGCAGGGACCGAAGAAUCCGCAUUGACGGCAGCGAGGUACCGUUUCUCCACUUUGACGGCUUUCUUCGAUAAGAACGCCCGGUGUCAGAAUUUGGAAAACGAGCAAGGAUCAUUCCCUUCAGAUAUGAUAGAUAGCCGUAAGCUUCGCUACAAUGAAAUGCCGGAGAAGUUUAUCUUCAAGAAUGAGAUGUGGCAAGAUCGGAAACGCAAUACAACAAAAACAAUUGGGCGGAUGUACUUCGUCAGCCCUCAUGAUCAUGAGCGGUUCGCCUUGCGACUCCUGCUCCUCUAUGGAAAGGGCUUCACGUCCUACCAAGAUGUUCGAACCGUCAAUGGUGUCGAGUAUCCGUCCUUCGUCGAGGCAGCUAGGGCGA